AUGGCAGAAGAAGGACAAGUGAUCGGUGUUCACACCGCAGAGAACUGGAAGAAACAUACGGAGAAGGGAAAUACCUCUACGAAAUUGAUUGUUGUAGAUUUAACUGCUACUUGGUGUGACCCAUGCCGUUUAAUGAGCCCAAUUUUUGAAGAGUAUGCUAAAGAGUUUCUAAAUGUCACCUUCCUUAAGGUUGAUGUGGAUGAAUUGCAGACUGUUACUCAGGAAUUUGAAAUUAAAGCUAUGCCAACAUUCUUGUUCUUGAAACAAGGAGUGCAAGUGGACAAAGGUUGA